AUGGCGAAAGCAACUCAUAUAGCAGCAAUUUCAAUCCCUGCGUAUAGCCACCAAGCCUCCAUUGUUGAGUUUUGCAAGAGACUCGUUCAUCUUCAUCCACACUUCAAUGUUAAGUGCAUCUUCCCCACCAUUGAUGCACCUGUCCCCGCCACAAUUGCUUUCCUUGAAUCUCUUCCUCCCAACAUAGACUACACUUUCCUCCAUCCAGUGAACAAAAAAGACCUUCCACAAGAUGUUGCCCCUGCAGUACAAAUCCAACUUGCGGUAUCUCAAUCCAUGCAAUAUUUUCGCGAGGCGUUAAGGUCACUGUGUUCAUCCACGCCAGUGGUUGCUUUGGUUUCUGAUCCUUUUGCGAAUGAAUCACUAGAAUUAGCUAAGGAGUUCAACCUCUUAUCCUACAUAUACUUCCCUCCUUCUGCCAUGACACUCUCACUGUUCCUGCAUUUGCCAACAUUGCAUGAGGAAGUUUCAUGUGAAUACAGAGAUCACACAGAGGCUAUUCAGAUUCCAGGUUGCAUACCUAUUCAUGGCAAUGAUCUCCCUGAGCAUUUUCAAGAUCGAUCUAGCCUUGCUUAUGAGUUAAUUCUUCAACGUUGCAAGAGGUUUUCUCUUGCUGAUGGUUUCUUGGUUAAUAGCUUCUCAGAAAUUGAGGGAGGUACAGUGAAAGCCUUGAAGGAACAUACCAUAGGCAAUAAGAAUUCCCCUAUUUAUCUGGUUGGACCAGUUAUACAAACUGGGUCAAGUAGUGAAUCAAAUGGGUCAGAAUGUGUGAGGUGGUUGGAUAAUCAGAGGCCUAAUUCGGUUAUGUAUGUGUCCUUUGGAAGUGGAGGCACUCUGUCUCAAGAACAGCUUAAUGAGCUAGCUUUGGGGUUGGAGUUGAGUGGUCAGAAAUUCUUGUGGGUUUUAAGAGCACCAAGUGAUUCAGCAAAUGCAGCUUACCUUGGUGCUACAAAUGAUGACCCUUUAAAGUUUUUACCACAAGGUUUCUUGGAGAGAACCAAAGGACAAGGGCUAGUUGUUCCUUCUUGGGCACCCCAAACGCAAAUCCUUAGUCAUACUUCAACUGGUGGGUUUCUAACCCAUUGUGGCUGGAAUUCAACACUCGAGAGCAUUGUUUUGGGAGUGCCAAUGAUAACUUGGCCAUUGUUUGCCGAGCAGAAAAUGAAUGCUGUUUUGUUAACCGAGGGGCUGAAAGUGGCAUUAAGGCCAAAGUUUAAUGAAAACGGCAUAGCGGAAAAAGUGGAAAUCGCAAAGGUGAUAAAAGGUCUAAUGCUGGGUGAAAAUGGAAAUGGGAUUCGCCAAAGAAUUGAAGAGGUCAAAGAUGCUGCUGCUGAUGCAUUAAAAGAUGAUGGAUCCUCUACAAGGGCACUUUUCCAGUUUGGCACUCAAAUGGAAAACUUUCUGAGGCAGCCAUUAAAGUAA